AUAUUUGGUUCAUCGUUCACCAUUGCAUAAUAAGUUCUAAAUCUACUUAGAUCAGAUCAUCACGAAACUCGGUGAAUUAGGGGGGUUCAAUGUUGACUGAAACUUAUUUCGUGUCUGUGGCUGGUCCACCAAUAGCCAACAACACGGCUAUCUCGAAAGAUGCCGGGAUAUAUGAACAUACGCUUCACCCCAGCCAUUCGACGACAACUACCUUUAAGAAAAGCUCUACACCUCGGCACUGUCUAGCCGUGAGUGACACGCAUGUGUUUGCAGCUCAAGAAGAUAAAUCGACAGUUCACGUCUACUCGAGGACCAAAGGAAACCAAGAAGCUUUGGUCACUUUUCCAGAGCGCAUUCGAAGCAUAGCACUACAAGAUGAUGUGCUCUAUUUGGGUUCGCAAGAGGGUAGGCUCAUCAUAUGGGAGGUCUGCACCGGUAGACAAGUAACUACGUCGGCUUGCCAUGUCCAAGCCAUAACGUGUAUCGCUGUCACACCUUACUAUCUUCUUACCGGGUCCGAAGACUCGAAUAUUAACGUCUGGCCCGUCCCCCGUCUGCUGGAACUAGACUCGACUAUCGAACACGAACCUCAAAAUACGCUAUCGAAUCAUAGAGCCGCCAUCACGUCUCUCGCCCUCGGCUCGAGCGUCAACCAGGAUACUAACAUCUGCGUUUCAGCAAGCAAGGACAAGUCUUGUGUCAUUUGGAACUACCAGCAUGGUGUAGCUUUACGGACGUUGCUGUUCCCGAGCUCGCCGCUCUGCGUAUCCCUCGAUCCAUGUGCACGGGCUAUCUACGUUUCGUCCGAUGACGGCUCGCUAUAUGCCAUUGAUCUUUUUAGCGAAAAGGCUCUCUUGGGUCCUCAGAGCGUAGAGGACAGCUCUACGGCCGUUCAGGUUUCGUCAGCGUUCGGCGCUACGCCUCAGGAGGCGGGAGCGGCAUCGUGCAUGGCGUUGAGCUACGAUGGUACGACUUUGAUAUCAGGCCACCCGCAAGGUCAGAUUUUGCGAUGGGACUUGAGCAGCCGCGCGGAUUCCACAGAGCUAACGAACCUCAACGCUUCCGUCACCAACAUUGUCUUCGUCUCUCCACUUCCCGCCUCGCGGCUCACUAAACCCGUCGCUGUUGUCAAACCGUUCCUUGGAAGCCGCACCUACAAUUUCACGUCCCAGCUAGAUUCCGAUAUCUCAGAGGAAACAAGGUUCAGCAGCAUGCUUAAAUCUAACGGACUUCCGCAGAAUAUAUUAGAACAAGCCAUUCUGGCCUUCCAGGCGCCGGCCGAGGAUACCGUUGGGGAUCAGGAACUAAGGAAAGAAAAUGAAGAGUUGUGGGAAGUCAUUAACGAACAACGGGCUCUUCAGAAGAAGACUUUACAACGAUAUAUCGAAGCUAAAUCUGCUAGCUAGUUCUUGAGGAACCAGUCUCAAUGAUAUUUUCAGCGUCAUCAGCAUAAUCAGGCUAUGGCCGGAAAAACACUACUUGAUGAGAUAAAUAAUACAGUGGCAUCAGUGGAAACCCCUUCUACGUUAAAACUCUACCUAGGUUAAGACUGCACUUUCUCUAUAGGAGAGAAACUUCGGCUUCAGAAAAAUGUCGACCGCAGCUUGAACGAAGCAUGUCGACGAAGAGCUAGAUAGGCGUCACACGUAAGGAUACAUCCUAACUAGCCGUCAAUCUAAUGCCCA